AGAGAACAUAAUUUGCUCUAAAUCAGCCAUUGGAGAUUGUGUAAGGUGUAACCUAUAAUGUACACUACAGUAUGAUUAUUUGUGUUUUUAUACAAAGUUUUGUGUAAAGUCCUGUGUGAGCUACUGUAUGGUUCGAAACCCUUUGAAUCAUUUUAAAACGGAUCCAAAUGCAUGGGGCUUUCCAUUUCAGUUUGUUCCAAUCCAGGCCAUGUUGAUUCUCUUUCAUAUAAAUGUCUUGUUGCUAUUGAAAUGCUGAAGUCAUGGUGGAUAAUAAGAGGAAUGCCAUUGACUGGUAUGGAUGGGUUUUGGCUUUGUAUACACCCACCAAUGAUCUAUUAAAACGGUGGUGUUCACAUUUCCUGCCUGUUAUAUAGACCGUGAUUCAAUCUGGCAAAUGGUGUAUUUCAAAUUUUUCGCUUUCAAAAGUGUAUUAGAUUUGCACAGCAGUUAGUCCAGUAUGGAGGGAGAGUUAGGUAUUCGGGUCUGUCUGAUUUUUGUUAACUGAAUGAAUUCUCAGCCAGGUUUGCCAUCAACUGAACAGGUUAUGCCCAUUUCUGAAUCGAGUGUAAACUCCCCUCGGCCUCCUUCCAGGACAUCCUGCUGUAUCACACUCUUCAAAACGCUUUUUGGAAAUGGCCAAUCUGCAAUUGAUUGAAUGGUGUUGGUGCCUUGGUGUUGGUGGACAGACAUGUUACUAAUAUUGUAGGCCUAUUGACAGUUUUCUGUAAUCCCUUUUUAUCAAUCUCCGUAUUAUAUUUAAGAAUAUAUUAUUUUUCAACAAAUGGAUGUUUUGGCUAGAUAUUCAAAAGGCUUCUCUGACUCCCAUCACAUUAAAUGUCAGGCAGCCAGCCAUUCUCUGUGGAUGCAUUGGUUUUGUGACUCUUAACUCCUAUAUAAUCACAUAUUAUGAUUUUCCUUUAUUCAAGUUUAGUAGGAUAGCCUAUGCUAUAUUCCUUUAGUGUAUGAUAUAGGCCGAUUUGCAUUUCCAUCAAUUAUUGGAAAUAACACAUGGAAAUCAUUCAAUCUUUAUUAACACGCCACAUGCAGUAGGCUAGAUGUUUAGAGAGUAGGUGUUAUCAUGAACCUGCUGUCCUCCAGUCUUCUCAUACGUCUUUGUUGAUCUGGUGUCUGCAGCAUCACCACAGGCGCUCAAUGCAACUGCCUGCUGCCUCAAUAUGGAAACUAAUUUCCACUGAGGGAGAACAGACUAACAUCAGCAAGAUUGCAAAAUGACUCCUUACCGUUUUUUCGUAUGAAAAACAUUUGAUUCUUCCAACAUGCAAAACGACACGGCGCAACUGGCAGACUGCGAUGUGGGACACGAUGCCAAAAUCAGUCUUGCGGCACUCUAUUCUCUCAUGUGCCUGUUUGGGACCAUUUUAAACCUUUUGGUUGUCUACCUGGUCGUGACAUUUAAGAAACUUCGGACGGCUAGCAAUGCGUUUAUUGUGAACGGCUGUAUAGCCGACCUGUUGGUGUGCGCAUUUUGGAUGCCGCACGAGGCGGUGGGAAUUUAUUCUGGAAGCCCUUUCCCGGCUGGGUACCAAGCCUUCAAAGAUGCGCUCUUAUUCCUCGGCAUCACUGUCUCUCUUCUCUCCCAUUCCCUGAUCGCCGUCAACCGAUACGUGUUGAUUACCAAAUCACCAGUGACCUAUCUGUCCAUCUACCAAAAAAGACGCACAGAAUGGAUGAUAAGCGCUUCGUGGCUUUCGGCGCUGGGAUUUAUUUUACCCUGGAUCACAUCUUUACGGUACCCACAGGAAGGAUGCUCAUAUCUCCCGGCUUCCGCAGCAUCACUGCUCAAAGGAGGGAAGCCCAUUUUCUCUGACCCAUUUGCAGCUGGUACCCUGGCGUUGACUAUUAUUGGUCAGACAAUGGUUGUUCUGUAUUGCUAUUUAAAAAUCUUUCGAAGGGUGCAGAUCAGUGUGAAGAGGGUCAGCAUAUUACAUUUUCCUAUAGUAAAUAACCUUCCAUAUUCGUUCCCCAAAAAGGACAAACGUUUGGGGUUCUACGUGUUGGCAGUGUGUUUCAUAUUCAUACUCACUACACAGCCUCUUUUCUGGGUGUUAUCAAUAGCACUUUUUACCACAGUGCCAUUGGCACUAAGGACUUGUUCUUGGAUGUUUUUCUGCACUCUCUUUGUUACAAACCCAUUUCUCUACACUUGGAAGAACGAGGAGUUUAGAAAAUCUUUCAGAUCCGUGCUCAAGGGAGAAUUUUGGAGAGGGUCUACAGUUGGGGUUGAGCCCAUCACAAUUAAUACAAUAUCUCACCUUCUGCCGAGACAAAACAGUAGAAGGGCAUUUUUGGCUGAGAUAAAUUGAACGGCAUCUGAACUGCAAUGACAUUGGUCCCCUGUAAGCAUACAUCCCUACAGUGUUUUAGAAAGCUUACCUGGCAACUCAACUCAAAAUGACGCUAUUGGUUGCUCAGCGUUGUAAAAUGUUAGUGAUGCUGUUAAGGUAUUAUUAUUAUUAAUAUUAUUAUUAUUAUUAUGUAGUGCCAUUAUGCAAUAAAUUGUAGUUCAACCAGAAGAACAUUCAGCAAAUGAAUACAUAGUUUGUAAAACAUUGUGUAUCAAAUUCGUUUUUGUUUAUUUUCAUGUAUUUUUCUAUAUACAUUUUUUUAUGGAUCAUGGUUGUAAUAAGCCUUUAUGCAAAUUGUAAAUCCACUUAUGUGUUCAUUUUAAUAAAGCUGAAAA